AUGAGUUCUAGUAAGAAUGGAUCCAAAUCUAUUAGAAGUAGUUCUGGCUCCAUUAGAUCAUUGAGGUCAACUGAUGAUAACCAUUUAUUGAAAACCAUCACUGAAGCUUCUCAUGAAAGUAGAAGCAUGCAUGAUGAAGAGCAAAAUAAUCAAUGGUGGUUUUGGAAAUCUAAUGAUGUUCGAAUAACGGAAAUAAGGCCAAGUAUAAGUCGUGAGGCUGAAGAACUUGAAGUUGAAAGUUGGUAUAAUUGGUUUGGUAAUUAUAAGAAUUCAGUUGCUUAUGUAUUUUAUCGAAAUGGUGAAGGAACUCCUUUACUUAGUGAUGGAAGAGAAGAUUACAAUCACGGAAGUAAUGGUCAACCGAAUCAUAAUAGUCAGCAGAAGGGUCAGCCACAGAAAAAUGACGGAUGGUUAACGUGGUUAUGGAAUUCACCAUCUGAAGAAGAAGAAGAUUAUGAAGGUUUUACUAAUGAUGUGGAAUUGUAUAAGCUUGCUAAGAAUGCCAUUGAAACUUCAAAAGAUUCAUGUUGUUAUGCUUAUAAAGGAUCAAUCAAUAGUCAGUUUCUUAUCAACGAUCAUGAAUUAUCAGUGUACGAUACACCAACCCAAUCACAACCUGUCAAAUAUAACAUCAAAAGAACCCCCGUUACACCAGCAGAAUCACAAGAAAAUUCAAUUCAAGUUAUAGUUUCAAACCUCAGUCCUGCUAAAACUCCUGUAAUGUCAUCAAAUUCUUCAAUUAAAUCCAUUGAAGCCCCACCUCCACCUUUAAUGAUGAACCGAAUCAUCCCCAACAUCGAAGAAAAUUUCCGAACCAUAACCUUCAUCACAAGAUUAAGACUUAUCGGAGAAAAGCUAUUAUUCCAACAAAAAUCAUCGGAGAACCAUCUAUAUAAACAAUCAUUGAAGCAUAUUGAAAAUAAAAAGUUACACAAAAUUAAACGAAUUAUGAUUAUUGGAGUUCAUGGGUUCUUACCUACCAAAUUUGUCAAAUCUAUGAUUGGCCAACAGACAGGAAAUUCAUUAACAUUUGUGGAAGAAGCUUCAAAAGCCGUAAAGUACUGGUUAAACGAUACUACUGAACCAGGAUUUGAAAAUAUGUACCACAUUGAUACCAUAUCUUUAGAAGGUCAAGGAACUAUUGAACAGAGAGUGGAAAAAUCAUUAGCAUUAUUGAAUAACUGGAUGAUGUUGAUUAAAGAUUGUGAUUUCCUUUAUUUCGUAGCCCAUGGACAAGGAUCCAUUAUAAGUAUAAAAUUAUUAGCCAGAUUAUUACAAUCAUCCGAAUUCAAGAUAAAUAAUAAAAGAAUUGGUUUACUUAGUAUGGCAGGACCAUUAUUAGGACCAAUGAAGAAUCUUGAUACCAAAAUUGUCAUUAGAGCUUACACUACAAUGGAAAAUGAGGUUCUUCAAGAAUUGAUUGAAUUAGGUAAACUGAACAGCGAAACGUUUCAAAACUUCCGGAAGGAUUUUGAAUGUAUCCUUAAUCAUGAUGUCAAAGUUACUUUAAGUGGGUCAAUUAAUGAUCAAUUAAUACCUUUAGAAUCAUCUUUAGGUAAUAACUUUUAUCAUCCUAACAUCUUCCGAACAAUAUUCGUUGAUUCAAAUAGCAACACACCUUCAUUUCUUAUCAAUUUAUGGAAACUUAUUUUAAUGUGUCGAAACAUUGGACAUUUAGAGCAUGGAAUUCUUAAAGAUCUUUCAGAAAGAUGUAUGGGCAUGAUCAAUGAUGGUGGCCAUGGAAAGAUCUUUAAAGAUUCCGAUAUUUAUUUAACUAGUUUGAAAUUUGCUUUAGAAUCAACUAAAGUUAAUCAAAAACGAGACAUGAGUUUCAUAACUCAUCAUAAUGAUAGGUCAAAUGAUUUAUUCAAGUUACCUUGGAGUGUAAGAGAACUACUUGAGGAUACUCUUCAAUCUAAACAUAUUACCAAUAUGAAACUUAUAAAAGACCUUAUUGAAUCAUUCAAUGAAUGGGAUCCAUCUAAAGCUUGGAAAGAUUAUAAAUUUGCUUUAGAUGCCCUUUCAGAAAUCGAUUAUGAUGAUUUACUUGUAUAA